AAUUUUAUCUUUAUCUGUGGUUUGACAUGAAUUUUCCCGCUUGUUCGGCUUGUCUUUUUGCGAGUAAUAAAUAACAUAACACAGGGGUUUCCUCUGGAAAGGGGUUUAAUUAAAAUGACAUCGGCAGUAAUUAAACCGCACAACAAUUUUUUGAAGUGUAGUAUAUGUGGUUAUCCGUUAUCCAUAACUCCCAUUUUUUAUAACUCAGCUCUAGGCAGUGUAUGUGGAAGAUGUGAGAAUAUUAGAGAGGAACAUAGCGAUAAAACGUUCGAGCGACAAAUAAUAUUCGAAAUGUUUAUGAAAAAUUUUAUCUUUCCAUGUGCAUUUAAGAACCAAGGAUGCCUUGCAGAAUUAAACUGGGACACUGCUUUUAUUCACGAACAAAUGUGUCUUUUCAGAGUAACCACAGUUUUGUGUCCAUUAUUUCACGAGAGAUUUUGUGAAUGGUGCACUUGGAUUGGCGAUUACUCAAAACUAUCGAAGCAUAUAAGAAAUAAACAUAAAAAGUAUUUCAGUGAAACCUUAACACUAACACUUACUCCUGAAUUGGAGAAUAAAAUUUUAUUCUCUGAAAUCAAUAGUAGUUUACUAAUGGUAUUAUUUGAUAACAGAAUUCAAAGUAACAAUUUAGUAUGCUCUAUUAUGAGCGAUAUGAGUUACAAGCAAUGUCUUGAGAAUAAGUUCGUAAUUUAUUUUUCCUCAGAAGAUGCAGAACAAAUUAUUUUUGAAGGUGAACAAUUGGAACAUCUAUCACCACGUACUCGGGUAUCGCCUGAAUACAACUUGACAAUUCCAGUAUCUAGUUUCGAGCACUUAUUUAAAAAAUGUGGCGAAAUAAAAGUUUUAAUUUCCAUUUUACCAAAGGGAAAAAUGAAAACAAAUUUUCAUAUUUUUGAAAUUGGAUCAUUCCAGAAUAAGGUUUCUGAAGCAGCCGAAUUAACUACAUCUGUACUGAACCAGUUAGAGUGCCCCAUAUGUACUGAACUCAUGGGCCCCCCUAUUUACAUGUGUAUAGAGGGUCACAGUAUGUGUGGCAGAUGUAGAUACAAAAUUUUGGAGUGCCCAGUUUGUAGAGGACAUAUUACAGGAGGAAGAAAUCUUACACUUGAAAAACUGAGUUCAAUAGUAACUGGUCCCUGUGAGCACAGAAAAGAUGGCUGCUCUUAUGUCAAUACAAUUUCUAAAGUGAAGGCACACGAACCAUUCUGUUAUCUUGCAAUACGAAACUGCAUAAUAAAUAUUUGUGAAUGGAAUGGAAGAACACUAGAGCUCCCUCAACAUCUAGAGGAAGAGCAUUCAUUCAGGGAUAUUUCUAGAUCAUACUCAUUCAAACUUGGCACAACGUCUGAGCAGCACAUGUUUCUAUAUGAAGAUAAAAUAAUUCUGAUGAAUCUGUGUUCAGCAGAAAAUAAACCUCUUAGUUAUAGCAUACAAUGCCUUGGAGGAACACAUCUCCAAUAUGAUUAUGAAAUUGAACUUAUAGAUCCUACGAUAGAAACAAAUAAAGUUGUCUUGAGGAAUGCCUGUCAACCACUUGGUUAUAAUUUUAAUAAGAAUUCUUUUUUAUUACUCUCCAUUCCAGUGGAAAUGUUUGACUGGCUUGUUAAAGAUAAUGAAAUAAACUUUAAGGUCAACAUUCAUGAUAUUUCUGAUUGAUAUUAUUGUUUUCGGUGAAUUCACAGUUUUGUACAAUCACUUUGCUGUUUUACAUACAAUUUAUAUUCAAAUGAUUUGGAUUUGAAGUUAUACUCCUGUCUUAUACUGUUUUUGUUAAAUCGUUUUGCUGUU